AAAUCAGCUGUUCUCUUCUUACUCUUCGUCUUCUUGUGUGCACAUCGUGAUUUCCAGUUCCGCUCGUAUAAUUCCUUGUGGAAAAUGUUCCGGUCAUCUUUAGUUCGAAAGGCUUGUGUGGCGAAAAUUACUUUAGAAAAUGCAUCGAAGACACGAAAUGGAGCAAGGAAACUUUCGACGGUGAUAUUCCAGAAGGAAAUUCCAAGGGAAACAUUUGUUGAUAAAAGCUCUGGGUAUUCAGCAAUUUCAAUGAUGACUGGACUACACAAGACUUCAGUAAGAAUGUAUGCAAGUGGUUCACUUCCUUCCCAUAAAAGGGUUGAAUUGCCAGCAUUGUCUCCCACUAUGGAAUCUGGAACUCUCAUUAGCUGGGAAAAGCAAGAAGGUGACAAACUUAAUGAAGGAGAUUUGCUAGCUGAAAUUGAAACUGACAAGGCUACCAUGGGAUUUGAAACACCUGAAGAAGGAUAUUUGGCAAAAAUUAUGAUUCCUGCUGGCUCAAAAGAUGUCCCAAUUGGAAAACUUGUUUGCAUCAUUGUCGACAAUGCUGAAGAUGUGGCGGCUUUCAAAGAUUUCAAAGACGAUGGGACUGCUGCCACCGCAUCUGCCCCUACAACCUUACAAACCGAAACUACCACGCCAUCCCAACCAGCAUCUGCAUUAAGUGCUCCGACAUCCUCGUCUAGCACCGAAACUUCGAAUAGGAUAUUUGCGUCACCAUUGGCCCGGAAAAUGGCUGCCGAGAAAGGAAUUUCGUUGGCCUCGGUUUCUGGUGGCUCAGGAUUCGAAGGAUCCAUCACAGCCAAAGACCUUGAUAAGGUACCAGUGUCUCCCAAACCGGCUGCUACAACCCCAGUUGCAUCACAAGCAGCUGCUCCUCUACAGCCAGUUCCAGGACAGAAAUUCAGGGAUCUUCCUGUUACCAAUAUCAGAGGCGUCAUUGCCAAACGUCUGUUGCAGUCUAAACAAUCCAUCCCUCAUUAUUACUUAACGGUGGACGUUACCAUGGAUUCAGUGCUUUCGCUCCGUCAGGAAUUUAAUGCCCUGCUAGGUAAAGACGGCGGCAAGCUGAGUGUAAACGAUUUUGUCAUCAAAGCUGCUGCAUUAGCCUGUCGCAAAGUACCAGAAGUCAAUUCCUCGUGGCAAGAAACCUUCAUCCGACAGUACGACACAGUGGAUAUCAGUGUAGCUGUGAGCACCGAUCGAGGACUCAUCACACCCAUUGUUUUCAAUGCUGAGAGAAAAGGCUUGGCAUCGAUCAGUGCCGAUGUACGCACGUUAGCUGGUAAAGCUCGUGAUGGAAAGCUUCAGCCCCAUGAGUUCCAAGGUGGCACAUUUUCCAUCUCGAACCUUGGCAUGUUCGGAGUACGGAACUUCACAGCCAUUAUAAACCCACCUCAGUCGUGCAUUUUGGCCGUUGGCGGAACGGAAAAACGAUUGGUCGUUGACACAUCAGCAGAGCAAGGUUUCCGUGCUGCCAAUGUCAUGACCGUGACACUAAGCAGUGAUCAUCGAGUUGUCGAUGGUGCAGUAGGUGCCCAGUGGCUCGCUGCUUUCAAGAGUUACCUUGAAAAACCAAGCACAAUGCUUUUGUAAGAUUUAAAGAAAAUUAGCAAGCAACCUCCAUGAAUCUAUGUUGUAUCGUAAGAUUUAGGUAGUCAGAAAUAGUUGAUUCUGAGUUUUUUUUCGCAAUUUGGAUAACUUUUUUCAGAUCUGUACUGUUAUUCUGUAAAAGAACCCUGUGAAUAGUACGGGACAAAUAAACAAGUGUUAAUGAAA